AUGACCGUUCGGCAGGCAUUGCAAAAAAUCAUCGACGAGAAGGAGAAGGCAGAGAGCGCAGCGUACAAGGACCCAGAGUGUGCGGUGGAGAUGGCCAAGGCUUUGGAGUACGGCAAGGAGCGCGAGAAAGCCCAGCAGAGCUUGGAAGCAAAAACAAAGGAAGAAAAGGCCAUCGAGGCAGAGAUCACCAAGCUGAAGCAGAAGCUGGAUGAAGUCCGGAAGGAGAAGGAGACUGCGCAGAUAUUGGCCACGCUGAAGGACGCUGCCGAGAAGACCUCCUUCCAGAGAGCUCGGGGACUUGAGAAGAAGGCCACAAAAAUAGCAGCGGAGAAGAAGAGCUCGUGUGAGGCAUUGGAAAAAGCGGACCGGAGCUGCGAGGCCUGCAGCAAAGAGGCAGCAGAGCACGAGACAGCAGCGUUGCAGGCUUCAAAGAACCGUGUGGCAGCCGAGCGGAAGAUGCAGGAGAAGGAAGGUGGCACCCGUGGGAUGACCGAGGCCAAGGCCGCGGUGAAGCAGGCUUGCUCCGAGCGCAGCGCGGCCGAGCGGCGCGUGGAGGAAGCCAAGAAGGCUCUCCAGGCUCUCCAGGAGAGCGUGCGCAGUGCCUCCGCGGAUGCCCGGAACCGCUCCGUGCGGCGAGCAGAGGCCGAGGAGAAGUUGAAGGGCCUGCGGCGAUCGCAAGACAGCGCCCAGGAGAAGUUGCAGGAACUGAGCCAACAGGUAAAGAAAGCAGAGGAUGAGCGCAAAGCCGCCGAGAAGGCAGCCGCGGAGGCACAGAUGCUGGCUGAGUCCGUUUGA